UCCACCACCAUGCACUUCUCUCUCGCUUUUCUCCUUUCUGGCUUCGCCCUCAUCAGCCCUGUGUUGUCAGAGGUCUGCGAAGGGCAGGUCACGCUCAGCGAGACCUAUAUUGGCGUGGACAAGAACGUCAAGGUCGAGACUGUAUCAUGCCCCGAGGCGGCUCUCGCUAGGCGUGGCGACUUGUUUUCCCGCCAAGCGUCGAAUGUCACGAAUGUCUGUGGAGCACAGUGCGACACGUUCUGCUUCACUCCCAGUGGGGGUGGCCCAGAUCCUAAUGAGUGUCAUGUAAUUGCUGAUGCGCUUCGCUACGACAGUCAAAACACUGGGAGCACUUUCGACAUUGCUAACGGCACUACCGGCAACAUUGUCGUCAUGACUUAUAACACCUGCGAAUCCUUCUUUGUCAAUCAAUUCAAUAGUACUCUGCAGUACUGUCGUACUGACUGGGCAUCUGUCCUUGACUGGGUAGCUCCGAACUGCCAGUCCACCCAGAAUGCGCAUGGUGGAGACUGCAUUGCUAGCGACCAAAGGUGGUUUAUCCAGGUCCAGCAUUCAUGAAACAGUCAG